AUGCUCUCAGCCGCUCUUGCCUUCUCUUCCCUUCUGAUCGGCGCUCGCGCCCAGUUGGCCGGUGAUCUGACCGCCGAGAAGCAUCCUGCCCUCCAGGUCAGCAAAUGUACCGCCAGCGGAUGCACGACAUCUGCCCAGUCCGUCGUUAUUGAUGCCAACUGGAGAUGGCUCCACAACAAAGUCGGAUAUUCCAAUUGCUACACUGGUAACACCUGGAACGAAACUGUUUGCCCCGAUGGCAAGACCUGCGCCGCAAACUGCGCCUUGGACGGAGCUGAUUACUCCAAGACCUACGGCAUCACCACGAGCGGCAACUCACUGAAGCUCAACUUCGUCACCAAGGGCGACAACACCAACGUCGGUUCCCGGACAUACUUGAUGGCCGCCGGAAGUGAGACCAAGUACGAGAUGUUCAAGCUGCUGAACAAGGAAUUCACCUUCGAUGUGGAUGUAUCCAAGCUCCCUUGCGGCCUGAACGGUGCGCUGUACUUCAGUGAGAUGGCAGAAGACGGAGGAAUGUCCAAGUUCUCCACCAACAAAGCCGGUGCCAAGUAUGGAACUGGUUACUGCGAUGCCCAAUGCCCUCGUGACAUGAAGUUCAUCAACGGAGAGGCAAACUCUGAAGGCUGGAACCCACAGUCUAACGACAAGAAUGCAGGCUCAGGGAAGUACGGAGCAUGCUGCAACGAGAUGGAUAUCUGGGAGGCCAACAGCAUUGCAUCAGCCUAUACACCCCACCCUUGCACUGGCGCUGGGUUAACUCGAUGCACUGGAUCUGACUGCGGAAUUGACGACAGAUACGCCUCGUUGUGCGACGCUGAUGGAUGUGAUUACAACUCGUACCGCAUGGGAGAUACCACCUUCCUGGGCCCCGGUAUGACUGUCGAUACCAACAAGGUUAUGACCGUCGUCACCCAGUUCAUCACCACCGAUGGAAGCGACAACGGUAACCUGAAGGAAAUCAAGCGAUUCUACGUUCAGGGUGGCAAGACAAUUGAGAACUCUCAGUCCAAGAUUGCAGGUGUCACCGGUAACUCUCUCACCGACGACUUCUGCGCAAUCCAAAAGACUGCUUUCGGAGACAAAAACCAAUUCGCCGCUCGGGGAGGAAUGAAGGUCAUGGGUGACGCUCUCAAGAACGGUAUGGUUCUUGUCAUGUCCAUCUGGGAUGACCACACGGCCAACAUGCUCUGGCUCGAUGCCCCUUACCCACCAACCAAGGACGCCAGCGAGCCAGGUGUCAGCCGAGGAACGUGUUCGCCCGACUCUGGUGACCCAGCCAAGGUUGAAGCCGAGCAUGGCGACUCCUCCGUUGUCUACUCCAACAUCAAAUGGGGCCCUCUCGGCUCAACCUUCAAGGCCAACUAA